AUGCCCAAGCAAUUACGGCACAAAGUGUUGAGUUUAGAAAAUAUUGAAAAAGAACAACUUCGUGGUCUACAUUCACAAUUAUGGAUAAAAUGUGAAAAUUGUUUUCGUGUCACUCAAGUUAUGACAGGAAAAGUGCAUGACGGAAAUAAAAAUUCCAAGGUCUUUGAUGUGAAUUCAAAAAUUGUACUUGGUGCGGUACAUGCAGGUGUUGGUCAUACAGCUUUGAAUAAAAUUUUAGCAUGUCUUAAUGUACCGCAAAUCUCUGACACUUUAUUCAAGCGAUAUGAGAGAGAAGUGGGUCCAGCCAUCGAAAAAGCUGCUGAGGAAAGCUGCAAAAAAGCAGCUCAAGAAGAACGACACUUAAUAAUAGAAAAUAUUGAUAAAUUGUGCGAAGAAUUACCUCAAGAAAUUGUUGAAGAGAUUUAUCCUCAUCUUAAUAAUCUUAGAUCAAAUAACCCUCCAGAACAAAAUUUGGUAUCCGAUAAUUUAGAUGAAGCAGCGCAUUCAAAAAUUUUUGAUUCCAGUAUUGGUGAAAUAAUCAACAUCGUAGUUUCCUACGACAUGGGAUGGAGUAAGCGUGGCAAUGGGCGAAGCUAUGAUAGCUUGAAUGGCUAUGGAUGUAUCAUAGGGUUUCUUAGCGGCAAAAUUUUGGAUUAUGGAACUCGUAAUCGUAAAUAUUGGUGUAAACGUGGAGCGUUUAACGGUACAUCUAGCCCAAAGGUUGUCCUGAAAGAUCCUGAGCUUUACACUCAUUUGUAUAAUCUCUUUGGCAAAUAUGCUAAUAAUGCUCACAAAAUCGCUUUCUCUGCUUCAAGUCAAGCUAAUGAGAACGUUAACAAUAUAAUGGCUCACAAAGCUCCAAAAAGUCGGUGUUACUCGAUGAGCGAGUCAAGUGAUUACCGCUAUGCAAGUGCUGUGUGUAGCAAAAAUGAUGGUGAGAGUUAUUUACUUGAGGUUUAUAAAAUUUUAACUUUGUCACCAGGAAAAAAUACAGAAUUAUAUGCCUCCAGGUACGACAAGAAACGACGGGAUAGAGCUAAAAAAGCUAAAUUGCUCUCAGCUAAAGUACGCCGGAAUCUUCUGGCAGAAAACAGAGAAAAACUACGUAAGAAAAACGAGAAGACAGAAGGUUUGCAAUAUGAAUCAAACUGCGGUUUGAGUAAUGACAAUAAUAUUAAUGAAGUUGUUGACGCUAACAUAGCAUCAAUUUGUCAAGAUAAUUUCCUAAUAACUUUAGACAACUGUGAUAUAGUUUACUUUGACUUGGAAACAUCAGGUUUUGGCAAAUUUAACGAGAUUCUGCAAAUUGCAGCAAUGUAUGAAGAACACGAGUUCAGUAUUUAUAUCAAUCCAACCAAAGAAAUCUCUUCAGAAGCAUCACUUCAUACUGGAUUACGAAAUAUUUCUGGACAAUUAUACUUGCGUGAUAAGAAAGUUGAAACAGUUCCCCUGAAAGAUGCAUUGUCGUCAUUUUUAAAAUUUUUAGAUUUAUCACCAAAACCUUGUGUGUUAGUUGCACAUAAUUCAUCGUUUGAUUCGUCAUUUUUUAUACGAGCUGUUGUACAGUGUAAUAUGAUUUUAGAAUUUAAAAAAAUUGCAGGGUUUAGUGACUCAUUGUCGUUAUUUAAAAAAAGACUCGCUUCUAGGAAAGGUCCAGGUCAAUUUAAACUUGGCACUUUAGCUAAGGACUUUUUGAAAAUUGAAUCAACCGAUAACUUUCAUGAAGCUCUUUAUGAUGUAAAAAUUUUGAAACAACUAGCAUUGUCUGUUUUAAAUAUUGAAGAAAUUUACAACAAUACUAAGUCAUGGGCAUCAUUAUUGACUCAUACACGGGAAGAGGAAAAGUCGAAAAUUAUGCUGCUGCAAUUAAAGCCCUUAAAAACUGUUCUAACACCUGGUAUUCUUAAGAAAAUGGCAAUUGCAAAAAUGACGUAG